AUUCAUUCUAUGUAGUUUUAAUAAUUAGUGCUCUUAUAAUAUGGAGCCCUCUGAAUUUUCAUCUAGCUCCUCCCCCUUCUUUUCUGCCAAUGAUCAUGUUGAGACCCUCAAUCUUUUUCCAAAUUAUAAGACCCCAAAUGCUUAUCUUGAACCUCUACCACUGAUAAACUGCCUGCUUCGUUCACCUGAGCAUCAGGUGCCUAAUUCCCAUGAUGAAAACCCUAAAGCAUGCAAUGAAGAUCAUAAAGAGGAUGAAGUCACUGUGGCCCUGCACAUUGGCCUUCCAGAAUAUUCAGAUGGCUCUAUGAACUAUUUGAAUGAGAAGGAAGAUGAAAACAAUGUGACAGCACAAAAAUAUUGGAUUCCAACUCCAGAACAAAUACUCAUUGGCUUCACCCAUUUUUCUUGCCAUGUCUGCUUCAAAACAUUUAACCGCUACAAUAAUCUGCAGAUGCACAUGUGGGGGCAUGGGUCGCAGUAUCGAAGAGGGCCAGAGUCACUGAAAGGAACACAGCCUCGAGCCAUGCUAAACAUCCCAUGCUAUUGCUGUGCAGAAGGUUGCAAAAACAACAUAGACCACCCAAGAGCAAAGCCUCUAAAGGACUUUCGGACCCUUCAAACACACUACAAGAGGAAGCAUGGCAUGAAGCCCUUCAUGUGUCGCAAGUGUGGGAAGCUGCUGGCAGUGAAAGGAGACUGGAGAACACAUGAGAAGAAUUGUGGCAAGCGCUGGCUUUGCAUUUGUGGUUCGGAUUUUAAGCACAAGAGAUCACUCAAAGACCAUAUCAAGGCUUUUGGCCAUGGCCAUAGACCUUUUCCACCUAAUUCUUUUGAUGAAGUCAGGGAUCUUGAUGAGGAUACUAGUACCACACCAUCGUUGUUUAAAGGCAUGUCAAGUGACACAACCUCUUAAGGCAAAUGAAAAUUUUGUGUUCCCCUCUUGAACUUUUUAUGAUGAAGAAUCGUUGACGAAGAUUUGAAUGAAAAAUUC